GUCACGUGUGAAGACGCCAUCACUCAGAGAAAAAUAUUCAGCUGCACAAAUAGAUAUAUUCCUCUGUUGAGAAACUUAUUUCAAUUUGACUCAAUUUGUGUUUUUAGCACAAAGUAAGAUUCUGUGAUUUAAUCAAUGCUCAGACAUCGGUGUUUGUCAAAAUCGUGAAGCGGUCGUUUGUAAAGAGAAAAACAAACCCGGAAGUAAUCGCGCUGCUCAUGUACGCAUGUGGCUGGAGCGUCGCUUACGCUCAACUAUGCCCAAACAAUUUGAGGUCAGAUUUCCGGCGGAAUGUGAAAGCCUUCCCGAUGGCUUCUGGUCAGCCGUGGACGUCUGGAUAAAGAAACCUCACGUCGCCAACAAGCGCCUGUGCGGCGUGCAGGAGAGUAUGGACGGAGAUGAAGAAGAAGCAGCGCUGCGGUUGCUGCCGCAGGAUGUUGUGGCUUGGCUCAGUGGCAGCUGCAGAGACAACACUCACCGAACAUGUCUUUCCUCUCACAUCAGGACGUUUAUCCCUAAAGUCAACACAUAUGGGACACACAAACAGAAAGAAGUUGUUGUUAAAGACUUGGACGGACAGCAGGUGACGUUUGUUCCCUUUGAGGAGUCCGAAGCCGGCCAGGUGUCUUGGAAGAAGGACAAUAUUUACAGCAUCAAGCUGUGUGCGGUGGACUCCGGCCAGUGGGAGUUGGAGCUGCACGUGCGGACGGCGGAGACGUGGUUCUCGGACGGCGUGGCCUACCCCAAUCUGGGCUGGCUGGCGAGCGACCUGCUGCCCAAGCUUCUGCGCUGGGCCGUCGCGUGCAAGAGCAGCCUUUUCCCCAACACCUUGUCGCUGCUGCCCGUCGAGAAGUACAGCAUGGUCUACCAAAGGCUCAAGGAAAAGUACAAGGCCCUGGUCAAGGUAUGGCCCGAGGUGACGGAUCCAGAGAAGUUUGUUUACGAAGACGUCGCCAUCGCCACGUAUCUACUGGUGCUUUGGUCCGAGGAGCGAGCGGAACUCGACGUGGACGCCCGCCAGUCCUUUGUGGACCUGGGCUGCGGAAAUGGACUCCUUGUGCACAUCCUUGCUAACGAAGGGCACCCAGGAAAGGGCAUUGAUGUUCGUAAGCGGAAGAUCUGGGACAUGUACGGUACCGACACUGUGCUACAGGAGGAAGCCAUCACUCCCGGCGAGGACUUCUUGUUCCCGGAGACGGACUGGUUGAUCGGGAAUCACUCGGAUGAGCUGACUCCAUGGAUCCCCAUCAUGGCGGCCAGGUCGUCCUACACGUGCCGCUACUUCGUUCUCCCUUGUUGCUUUUUCGACUUUUUCGGAAAGUACCGGCGGCGGCAUAGCCGAAAGUCUCAGUACAAGGAAUACAUUGACUUUGUUGACGAAGUGAGCCGAGUUAGCGGCUUCCACACAUUCCGGGACUGCCUCAGGAUUCCCUCCACUAAACGGGUGUGUCUGCUGGGAAAAGGGCGGACGUACGAGGCUAGUGAGGAAGAUCAAGCGGAAGAUCAACGAGCCGGUUACAUCCGGAGCCGCCACGCCGCUCCCAAAAGCGACAUUGUCACCGGCUGGGGAUCAGGCUUCCGGCCUCGAGAGCGGGUGGAAACGGUGCGCAACUGCAUGGCGCUCUCUCGCGACCUGGUGGACGGCGUCGUGCUCCGCGUGGCCCAAGCCCUGCUGGGAAUGUGCGACGAGCGCCGGCCCUCCGACGACUGGAAGCGAGGAGGCAGCUUGUGUGUGGGCGAGGUGGCGGCGCUGUUGGAACAGGACACACUCAAGCAGCUCAAGAACGAAUGCGGAGGCCUGCAGACGCUUCUUAAGAACAACCAUCAAGUUUUUCAAGUGGAAGGGGGAAAGGUGCGCAUCCGGGACUGGCGGGACAGGAUGCCCCGUAGGACACAUGGCAAGAGAAAGGCGGAGGUCUCCUCCAACGCACUUAAAACCCGCCGGUGCUGGUUUGACCGUCACCACCCUCAGGGAUGCCCCCUACUGGCCGAAGAGUGCACCUUUGCGCACGAGCUUGAGGAGCUGCGAGAGUCCACCAGACCUGUGAGGAACAAGACAAAUAAGAAUCUUUGAGUUUGGCGCCUUCAACUGACUGUUGGGAAUGUUACCACCAAAUGUUUUUUGAGAAAAUACACUUUUAAAAAUGAUGA